AUGGUACACGACAAUCUAGACCUGUGGACUACCGUUGGCCCUUUCUCAGACAAGGUGGUCGAUGCUAUACAAGAUUUUGUUCUCCCGCAGGUCAACAGUAGCGCACGCCUCAAAGUCUACGUCGAUGGCGUUAAGCAUGCCGUGCCCAGCGGAGACAUUGUCAAUCUCCUGUCUCUCGUCGACUCGAAUCGGCAGCUACUCCAGGUCGCCCGCGUCCAGUCUCUAUCCCGCCACGCAUGCACCAACAUCAAAGAUAUCUUUUCAACUGGGCCCGCAUUCCAGGCUUUGCGGAUUCUCUAUCUUGAAACGCAUCGCCAUGUCGCAUGGAAGCAGGUCACACUCCUGGCGCCCAACGCCACUUCUAUUCGCCUUUCCGGUAUGCGAUCCGCACCCUCGUUUUCUUUAUGCACAGAGCUCUCAGAGUUGUGCAUCGAAGACGUAGGCGAGAUCCCAGAGGACGCGAUCGUUGUCGUCAGCGCUCUCAGGCUGAGACGUCUUUAUCUCAACGUCAGGUCCAUGCAACAGGCAUUGGACACUGCUGCUUCUAAGCUCGUGAAAUUGACCUUGCCUUGUCUAAAAGUCGCCACGGUGAUCGUACGCUGCUCCGACCUAUACCGUCUGUUUGCAUUGUGCCCCGCCGAUGGACUGUCUUCCCUUACAAACCUAUCCCUCCAUGGCCUACGAGGUGUCGGACACCCUGUUCAUUCCAUCGAGGACCACGUCAUCCAGCGAGGACUGCAAGCGUUGAUUGCAACGUUUCGGAACAUGAUCGCUUUAUCCACCUUCGAUCCAUCACAUCUCCUCGAUAUCGACAGUCAGAACAACCAUCUAGACCUUUCACUCAUGAGCGUUCUGCGCUACAUUUCCCAAGAGCGACGUGCCAAGUUAAGCAUGGACACACGGCACUGUCAUCCCGACAAUGUCAACGUGCACGCGUCAGCCAUGGAAGGCAUACUAGCUGCCAUAGCUCCAUUGCACGUGGACAAGCGCCUGCACGUUGGACUGACGUCUCUGUCCACGCACCCUUUUGAACGCGACCCUAUCGGUGGGCUGUCAAGUAUGGGAGUUAUGACGACUCUCAGGCUCAGCGGGGACAUCAAAAGGGUUGAAGAUAUGCUCAAAACCCUCGCUCAUGGUCGAGGAGAGCCAGUCUCUUUACGCACGCACAUGAUCCUCGACGGAUGGGCCUUGACGAGACACACCCUCACUCAUCUACGUGGGCUUGCGUCUCGGUCUGGAAAUCGCAUCAAGCUGACAAUCGUUGGUCAAGUUGAGGAUGCAUGCAAGGCGGCUUUGGCGGGUCAACAUCGUCUCCAGGUGGAGUAUAAGGACACAUAA